AUGAAGGCCAAGCUCCGCGAGGGAAAAGUUGUCAGUGCAAUGUCUAUUCGGUACUCGCGGGGAAUCGAGAUAGUUGGCUACGCAGCUGCCUCUGGCAUGGACGGGGUGCUUGUCGACCUUGAGCACAGCUCUAUUGAUCUCGACCAGUGCGCCCAAUUCACCAUGGCGGCUCUGGCCCACGGCAUCACACCCGUGGUGCGAGUACCCAGCAUCGACUGUAGUUUUGUCCCCCGGGUCCUGGAUGGCGGUGCACAGGCUGUCAUUAUCCCCCACGUUAAGACGGAGAGCCACGCGCUGGAGAGCAGUCGAGCAGCGAAGUUCUUCCCGGACGGGGACCGCUCAGCCAUUGGAGGGCUGGCGUCCCUGCGCUAUGGUUCAUUCCCGACGAUCGAGGCCAGUCUGGCUGUCAACGAGCAGGUUAUGUGCAUUAUCAUGAUCGAGACGCUGGAGGCGCUGGAGAACCUCGACGCCAUCGCAGCGGUUCCCAACGUCGACGUGCUGCUGAUCGGGACGAAUGAUUUGACAGCGUGCUAUGGAAUCCCAGGGCAGCACGACGAUGCCAGGAUCGAAGAGGCGUACCGGAAGGUGAUUGCGGCGUGCAAGAAGACGGGCAAGGCGCUGGGCAUUGGGGGUUUGUAUGCUAGACAGGAUCUGAUCAACAAGUUCAUUGGCAUGGCGGACGGAAUCGGCAAGUUUAUCAUGUGCGGUAGUGAUCAGGAUUAUGUGCUCGAGGGCGCCAGACGGACGGCCAAAUGGCUAGAUGGCUAUAAUCAUCAAUGA